AUGCUUCCCGGGGCGGGUCCCCUCGCCUUCCUCCUCCGGUGCCUCCUGCUCCUCUUCGCCUCCGAGAGUCGAGCCCGGGCUCGGCCGGAGGCGUUCUGCGACUUCAACGGCAAGAAGUACAGCCCGGGGGAGAGCUGGCACCCGUACCUGGAGCCCCAGGGGCUGAUGUACUGCAUCCGCUGCAGCUGCGCCGAGAACACCAGCAUCAGGUGCUCCCGGAUCCAGUGCCCGGCGCUGCCGUGUGCCAGCCCCGUCACGGAGCCGCAGCAGUGCUGCCCGCGCUGUCCCGAGCCCCCGUCGCCGUCCGGGCUCCGGGCACCCGCCCGGUCGUGCCGCUACAACGGGACCACGUUCCAGCAGGGCGAGAUGUUCAGCGGCAGCGAGCUGUUCCCGGGCCGCCAGCCCAACCAGUGUGUGCAGUGCAGCUGCUCCGAAGGCCAGAUUUACUGUGGCUUGGUGACCUGCCCCGAGCUGCUGUGCUCCUCUCCCUUCAGUGUGCCAGACUCCUGCUGCCAGGUCUGCAAAGAUGGCUCCUUGGAGAAGCCCACGGAAGAGGAGCCCCUGCAGUUAAACAGAGGUGUUAGGCACUCCCAGGACCAGUGCUUGGGAGAGGUGGUGGGCAGGAAGCCCCCCGGAGCCACUGUCUCCACGGUUCUCAGCUCUUCCCUGGAGCUAAUUCCCAGAAGUUUCAAACCCAAGGGAGCAGGAGGCACCACUGUGAAGAUCGUCUUGAAAGAGAAGCACAAGAAAGCCUGUGUGUACAACGGGAAGACCUACUCCCACGGGGACGUGUGGCACCCCGUGUUCCGGCUCUACGGCCUGCUGCCCUGCAUCCUCUGCACCUGCAGGGACGGCGUCCAGGACUGCCACAAGGUCACCUGCCCCAAGGAGUACCCCUGUGAACACCCAGAAAAAGUAGAUGGGAAAUGCUGCAAAGUAUGUCCAGAAAGCAGAGUGAAACCCACGGAGGAGGUGGCCACCCCCCGGUGUGGCAGUGGCCCCAGCCGUGUCCUGGUGUACGCCUUCGUGCCGCCGCGCUCCGAGCCCUCCAAGGAGAUCCUCAGGACCGUGGCCAUCGAGAAGGAGCUGGCAGAAGAGGUGGAAAUCUACAACUGGAAGCUGAUUAAAGGAAUAUUCCAUCUGAUCCAGACCAAGAAGAUCAGCAAGCAAGAAUUCAAGCAAGAAGCACAACACUUCAGGCUGAUCACAAGGACAAACGAAGGUCACUGGAACAUCUUUCGAGCGCAGACGUCGGAGCUGAGGAUGACAGAGAGCCCAGAGAAGGAGACAAAGACCUCGUAAAGCCAAGAACUUUCCUCUAGCUAUCGAUUUAUCUACACACAGACACACAUACACAUAUAUACCAACUCCAGAGCUGCAUUAUUCCAUAGACUGGCACUGCAAUACAGGUUACACUAGUGGAAAUUCCAGCGACUCCAGAGAACGAUCCCAACCCGUCGGAGCCACAGCCGGGAGGGCAGGUGCCUCUCUCCAGCGGGGGAGCCAGCACCUCCCGCUGCCCCAGAGGUGUGGGAUGAGCACAGCGAGGAGGGACAGACUGCCCUCCAGAGGGUGGGACCUGGUGCCACACGAGGAGGAGGAGGAGGAGGAGGUGGGAUCCAUCCCGGACACCCCGGCGUUCCUGAGGAGCGCAGCAAAGCGGGACAUGACCCUGCUUCUCACCAGCUGCUGGGGGAAAGGUGACCUGCAAAGGGAGAAAAAUCAUCCCUGCUCCUUUCCUCGGAGCCCAUGGGAGCUGCAAAGGGGUUUCUUUGGCUGGAUGCCCUCCAAGGGCUGUUUCUGAACAAUCUCCUCUCUUCCAGCUGGGAUGAUUCUUUUCCCUCUUUGCAGGUCACUUGGAAAUGUAGGUUUUGGGAGGACCCACCUGCUGGCAGGGUCUGAGACCCUGGGCACUGCACUAAGGUCGCUGCUCAGCAUUUAUUGUGCUAUAUAUUUAUAUCUAUCCUAUAUAAUAUCUACCGGGCUGUAUUCACAGGAGGGGCAUCUCCCAAAGGGCAAACAGGAUCAUUUCUGCAGCAUGGGGAGGAGGGCGUGCAGCAGCAUCUCCUUCCCCCCGUCUGGAAACAGCUUUGGGGGAUUUUCAGGUUGUUUUGGUACAUAUAUUUAUCCCUGGAUUCUUGUUUUAUUCUGUUUUGAUAAAUCUAUUUAUUUGGAGAUCCAACUCUGUCUGACAAAUCGGAUUAAAAGUCUUCUUGAUUCAGCUUCCUGUGCUGGUUCUCCUUUCCCUGUAGGGUCUGUGUCAAGGCUCGGGGGCCCUGGUGGGGUCUGGUUCCCCUGCACCCACUCGGGGC